AUGGUUGAGUCCUCCUUCUUCUCUGGCAAGUUCUCGCCAGAUUCCAGUGAUAUUGUCGGAAUUCCUCUAUUUGAUGAGCUCUUCCUCAAUUCUCUGGCGCCAAAUUCGGUAAAAAAUGUAGAGAUUCCUCAAUUCGACAAUCUCUUCAAUAAUUCUUUGGUGUCUGAUUCCGGCGCAGUUGAAGAGAUUUCGCAGUUUGAUGAGCUCCUAUAUGAUUUCCCAGUGCCGGAUUCGACCGAGUUUCGUGAAAUCGAAGAGAUGGAUUUUGACCUGGUUGUGCCCAAGCCAGAAGGUUCAUUGAGCUAUGAAACUAAAAUUUUACAGCUUCACUCUCGGAUAAUGAAUUCUCCCUCAGAUUUGCAAGAACGAGAAUAUGUACUCCAAAAAAAUAUGGAAAUCAGUCAAAAUCAGGAAGCUGUGUCCCUCCAUGACUCACCAGAUUUGUCAGGCAGAGAUUCAGAUUCUGGCGGUGAAAUCUCGCCGGAAAAUGACGAUUCCAGCAACCAUGAAGACGAGGAGAAGGGAUUUCUUUUGCUCCACCUUUUGGUUGCAGCAGCCGAGGCUAUAUCGAAUGAGAGCAACGAUGUAGCCGAUGUACUUCUUCAAAGGCUCAGAAAGCUUGUGUCUUGCUCAGGAACCCCAAUCACACGCGUCGCAUUCUACCUUUUCCAUGGAUUGCAGUGGCUUUUCACUGGCAAAAACGAGCUCUCAGACCUAAAAUCAGAUGAUCGAUUUAACGAAGAGAACCAUCUGUUAGCAUAUAGGGCUCUCAUCGAGUUGCACCCGUGUUCUAGAAUGGCUCACUUCACAGCGAACCAGUUCAUUCUUGAUUCGAUCAGCAGUGAUACCAGAAAGCUUCAUGUGAUAGACUUUGAUAUAAUGGAUGGCUUGCAAUGGCCGCCAUUAAUGGAAGCUCUAGCCUCUGAACCUCGUUGCUCUAAGUUCAAAAGCAUCAAAAUAACCGCCAUUAAAUGGAAGGAGAGCUCUGGAUUAUUGACAGGUAAGUGGCUCAAGGAAUUUGCUCAAGACCUCGGCUUCAGAUUCUCUUUCGAAGAAAUGGAGCUCCAAAAUCUCAUAAAUCAUCAUCAAAAAAUCUACAGGGAAGAAGUCAUGAGCCCAUCAGAAGAAGAAGAGGAAAUACAGAUAGUGAACUGCAUGUUCAAGCUUUUGCACAUGUGUGACCGCAGCAUGUGGCCGCUUUCGAAUCUCAUCGAAGCUUCAAAGAAGCUGAAGCCGCGGCUGCUGGUUCUCGGCCACUGCAAUGGCGAAUUGCGGAAAGAAAUUUCGGGGGAUUUCGUUAGCAGGUUUUCGGAUUGUUUGCAGUGGGCUUCGGCGAUAUGCGACUCUCUGGAGUGGAUCCUUCCAACACAGAGAGGUGGGAGGGAGCUGGUGGAGCGGUCGUUUCUCGGGCCGAAAUUUUGCCGAGAAGUCAUGUUUGGGGAGAGAGGGAAGCUUGCGGCCAAAUUUAACGAAACUAACGGGUUCAGAGCGGCGAAACUAAGCGAGCGAAAUGUUAAUCAAGCGAACGAAAUAUUGCGGCUGAGAGCGAGCCACAGUUUCGGCGUGGAAGUGGCAGAAGGGGACAACGAGCUGGCUCUGACGUGGGGCUCCACAACCCUGUUAUCCGUGUCGGCUUGGUACGUGUCCUAG